AUGGUUGUUAGAGUUCUUAACCCGAUUUUUAGAAAAAAGCCUUUUAUAUUCUUUGAGUUCUGGAUGAUGCACCCUGCUUUUACUUCCAUUGUUCGGCAAGUUUGGGAAAGCCCGGUGGUGGGGCAUCCCAUGUUUAUACUUAUGUGCAAGUUAAAAAUGUUGAAAUGGCAUCUCAAAGAGCUCAAUAGAGAGGCUUAUUCUGAUAUCUUUGAGAGAACUGCUGCUGCUCGAGAGGCCCUUCGAGUUACACAGCUUGGCCUUCAGCAAGACCCAGGUAGUAUCACCCUUGCUGAGUUGGAGAAAUCUUGGCACCGUCAGUUUGUGGAGUUACGUUCUCAGGAGGAGUCUUUUUACGAACAUAAAUCAAGAGUGAGAUGGCUCCAGCAAGGUGAUCGAAACACCAAAUUUUUUCAUCAUUCGGUUAAAAGAAGGCAACUCAGAAACAAAAUUCUUUCGGUGAAGGAUCCCACUGAUUCUCUCAUAUCAGACCCUGCCUUGGUGCCUCCUGUUUUUGUUUCCUAUUUCAGCAACCUCUUGAUGCCUCAAACUGCCCUCUCAAAGCCUUCGUUGCUGGAGCUGAAGGUGUUCAUUCGACGGUGUCUUUUUGUCGACCAGGUUGGUGUUCUUUCUUGCCCAAUAUUGACACCAAGAUCCGCGAUACUGUUUUUUCUUUGGCCCGUGAUAAAGCCCCUGGACCAAAUGGUUUUACAACUGAAUUCUAUAAGAGCAAUUGGGAUUUGGUGGGGCCUCUGGCCUAUAGCUUGUUAUAACACCAUAUAUAAGAUCAUCACUAAGAUAUUGGCCAAUCGCCUUGCUAUUGUAUUGAAUGACCUGAUAAGCCCUCCUCAGAAUGCCUUUGUGAAAAGUAGGAGAAUCACGGAUAAUAUUCUCCUAGCUCAGGAGCUAUUUGCAGGUUUCCACCUCGACCCUUAUUUUCCCAAAUGUGCAAUUAAGGUGGACUUCCAAAAGACAUGA